AUGAUGUUAUUAAUGCUUGCUCUCCAGGGCUGGGCAGUGGUAGAAGAGAACAUGGCAGCCAACCAUGUGUCGAAAUGUACAAUCCUAGACGGGCAAGAGUACUACAUAGGCUCAAACAGAGAGAAGUGUAGCGGUCAUGUGGGACAGUCUUUCAUGGUUCAUCUGCAGGAAGGCUUCUCAGCGAUUCGCGAUGAUGACAACAAGAUCAGAUACACAGGCGAGGACACGGACAGCAUGGCGGAAGGUGUGGAGGAUGGUGGCUCGAUGAACGCUGCAGAGAGGAGCUCCUCGUCAUGUAUCUCGGAUGAGAGCACUGCGUCAAGCCAGUGCCUGCAGAGCGAUGUGCCUGCUAGCCCGUCGGCCCCUCCGUCUGUGGAUGCCCAGAAUGGCUUGACAUCCUGCCAUGGCACAUCGCUUGACUCUUGUGAAGGAAAUGCGGCAGGGGACCCAAUAGAUAUGCAGCAAAGUAAGAAUCCUGCAUCCGAGCGUGGACGACACAAAGGGACUUACGAUUACGACGAUGUUGAGCUCUAUGACUGCCAACCCCUUUCGAAUGAAGAGCUCUUGGGCGAUCUGCGCCACGACAGUUUUCUGUAUCAAGACGCCGGCGACUCUCCGACCUCAUAUCCUUCCAAGCAUUAUUCGGCUCCUACCAGUGGUCAUGGUUUGACAGCAAGAAUGAAGGCAAAAGCAGAAGCCAGAGCGGCUGCAGAAGCAGAUCUCGUCAGAGACUAUGCAGCUUUGUCUCGCAAGGAACGAGAGAACUUGCUGAUCUCGCCGUUCCUCAAGACUUGGAUCAAUUGCGACCACUGCGGGAAGUGGCGGAGGAUUCACGAUGAUCAUUCCAUUAAUAUGAGCAAUCACUUCUUCUGCUCCAUGAUUCCAAAUCUCUCCUGCGAUGUGGCUGAAGAGGAAUGGAGCCAGAAUGAGUAUUGGAUCGAGGACGGGAGAGUUGUAGGCCCAGACAUGAAGAGGAAAUCCUCAGACAACCGCAAGAGAAGCAAAGACUCCGCAGACUCAGGACAGUCAACGCCCAACAAGAAGCAGCGUCUAGAGCCUGCUCGGGCUGCCCCGGAAGCCUCCGAGGGAGCUUCGAAAGGAGAAUCCGUUGGCAAGGAAGGGACAGCAUCAAAUGAUUCUUCGGCUCCAAAAGCUGCCGAGAAGGGGAGGAUGUUUCCUCAGCCUCUCAGCCCAGAAGAUGUCACUUGCAGUGCUCACUUUGACAAUGUGAACAAGGGAGCCAGGAGUGACGACAAAGACAACGAUCACGCCGCCAGAAAUCUUAAGUUGUGCGAGGUAGACCUCUGCCCUCUCCAACAGCCAGCGAAACGAUGGCAUACGAUAACGGACAAAACUGUAGCAGGAGGAAGAGAUUGGACGAGAUACAUCGGCAUCACCAUCUGCGAUGCUUGCUUCUCCUUCUUCCGGAGGAACGGCACCUUUGAUCGUUCGUUUCGCAAGCCCGAGGAAACCAAAAGCCCUUGUAAGUUGGCAGAGUCGAGUCCCUCGAAACAGUCCGAGCCCAGUGGCGUUUCCAUUCCUCGUGAUAAGAAAAAAGAUGAAUUUUGUGCCAAGCUGCUGCAGAUCCAGCAGCCAACAAUGCCAAAGGCUGAAGCAACUACUGCAAAGCCUAUUUCCAAGGUCUUCCAUGCACAGCCUGUUGCAAGAAAGAACGAAGUGCACAUCAAGCCUUUCUCAAGCAUGGAUAAGUCCGAAUCAAAGUUCAUCGCUCCAGAGUUGUCGACCAUUCCGAUGAAAGCAAGGAAAACGGAUGCCAUCUAUCACAACUCAAAGGUUGGAAGGAACGGAAAAUGGUGCUCCAAGCUCAGAGCGCUGCGCUGCAUAGCCUGCUCUUGCCGCAUGGAUAGAUGUAUCUGCAGGAAAAAGAAGAAGAGUACUCGCCCUACCAAUUAUGCUCAGCCUUUGGCUCCAUCCGAGAAGAGCUCAGAACCGCAGGACAAGUCUGCUGGACAGUCUGGUGGAGAAUUGUCGGAAUCUGAGAGCUCCGAGUUUGAGAUCAUUGAGGAAGAUUACGAUUCGUCGAAUGAUAGCAUGUCUUGGGAAGAUGCAGACAGUGCUGCUAGCGAGAGGGGCGUACCCCACAAGGCCUCGCACGUGGACGUGACUGAGGUGGAGAUAGAGGAAGACGAUCGAGGAAGGCCCAGCUCACUCCCGCCAGCUCUCGAGGCUUCAGAGCGCGAGGACCUCGGGCUGCUGCCAUCGGCUGAUGGAGGAGAAACAGGAGUUUGCGCUGCCGUAGACCCUCAUCUCGAGGGCGAGGUUGCUGACAGACGGGAGCUGAAGGCCGAGCAACCUCCCGAGCAGCGAAACGAGCAGAAGCCGAUCAAGGUCAGGAUCCCUCGAUGGCGACUUGGGUGCGAAGAUUUCCUCCGCCCGUACCGGGAUGAGUCGGAGCAGGCGAACCUGGACUCUAUCUCGGAAGCGCUUGAGGGGAUGGGGAAGACUGUGAGGGGACUGGAGGACUCUCUUUCUUCCAUCGGCAGUAGCCUUGCCUCACAGAUAGCAGAACUCCGUCAGACAGUCCUCGAGACCGAGUGGGAGAGCUUGCAGUGA